UGGAAACCCCACUACUACUAAUUGGGGGUCCCUAUUCUUUAUGUGCCCUUUCAAUAUAUUGAAGAGUCUCGUCCUUGGCACUCGUCCCAAUUUCAACUUCCAACCAGAGGGGUAUCUUUGUUGUCAGUUGAAUCCUCCUCCAAAAUUGUUCAUUUUGCCUUUUUUCAUAUGUUGUCACUUCUAUAGAACCCGAAAAAGCAAAUCUUUGAAGAGAAAAGAAUGAGUGCGCAGGUCCAUCUCCGUGCUGGUCAUGUCCCUAAUCAAUGCAUUUUGUUGCCAUCGACAUCCUUGCAGCACACAUUUUGUGUAUUGAAUUCUUCAAGAGAAAACAGAGUCGUCUUAGGCCUGGGGAGAUCUUUCUUGGGUUUGAAUGAAAGAAUAUUAGAAAACCGAAGGAGGACAGCGAUUAUCAAAAGAAAGACAGUUCCUCUGGCCAUAAGAGCAUCAGCAGGAGGUGCAGUAUGGGAUGGUUGGUUGCCCGAUAAGACAUCGAAAGCUCCUCCAUUAAGUGACAUUUUUUGGCCUUCUGCAGGGGCAUUUGCGGCAAUGGCAAUGCUAGGGAAGAUAGACCAAAUAUUGGCACCCAAAGGAAUAUCAAUGACUAUAGCUCCACUAGGAGCUGUUUGUGCUGUCCUCUUUGCCACCCCUUCUACUCCUGGUGCUAGGAAGUACAAUAUGUUCAUGGCACAAAUCGGUUGUGCAGCGAUUGGUGUUUUGGCAUUCACAAUAUUGGGUCCUGGUUGGUUAGCUCGAAGCGCAGCUCUUUCUGCUGCCAUGGCUUUCAUGAUUUACACUCGUUCUGUUCAUCCACCUGCUGCAAGUUUGCCGUUACUAUUCAUUGAUGGAGUUAAGUUGCAUCACCUCAACUAUUGGUAUGCUCUCUUCCCUGGAGCUGCUGGAUGCAUUCUUCUCUGUUUAAUAAAGGGGGAUAGGGUGCUUUGUAAGGAUUGUAAAGUCAUUCCGAGUGAGCAUCUUUCGACUCAGCAUAGGCUUCUGAUUAUGGACUUGUUUAUCAAGAAGAGCAACAAGAGUAGGGCCGGAGAGGGUCGACCCAGAAUUAAGUGAGGUGGCCUGACGCUAGUUAGUGCGCUGGAGAUAGGGGAGAAGGUAGCGGGAAUGGGGUGUGGGAGUGUAGGGGGGACAUGGAUGUUAUGUGGGACAAGGCGGCCAGCUGCAUCAGGGAGGAGGUAUGGACUGCGUACAUUUUACCCUCCCCAAACCUCACUUUGUGGGAAUACACUGGGACUGUUGUUGUUGUACAAUAUAAUCUCCUUGUUCAAGCAUACUCUAAAUCUCUUAUUGUGAACCUGAUGGAAUAUAUAUAGUGAUGUUGAAAGAAAGUUACAACAUGGGUUACAAAC